AUGUCGCAUGAAAACGAACGCCACCAUAUCGUCGCCAUUGAGGCCCUUCAUUACCAAAUUCCAGAUUUUGACAUACCUGUGGAAUACACCAAGGCUAUCCACCGCUGGACCGAGCCAUCAGAGCUUGUUGAGCGAAUUAAAGAUGCCACGAUCGUUAUCACUACAACAAUCCGCCUGCCUUCGGAGGCCCUAGAUGUUGCCGUCACUCCAAAACUUCGUCUCAUUGUGAUCAUGGCGACCGGCACAGAUUGUGUUGAUCUAGCAGCAGCCAAGGCCCGAGGAAUCCCUGUGUGCAAUUGUCCAGGUUCAAAUGUGGACAGUGUCAGUGAACACGCUAUUGGACUUUAUUUUGCGACGCGGCGAAAGCUUGUCACAUUGCAUAAUGCAACCAUUGCUGUGCCUGAGAGCUUGGAUCGCAAUACAGAAUGGAAAAUGAACGGAUCGUUGCGGCCGAAAAUGUCUAGAUCGGACGGACUGGGCCCAUUUUUGUGUAGCGAUGAGACUGUCGCUAUCAUUGGAUAUGGUAUGCUAGGGAAGCGAAUUGAAGCCUUAGCGAAGGCUCUUGGCAUGAAGGUAAAGAUAGCCGAGCGGAAGGGGGUGGCUCCUCGAGGAGACCGGAUCGCUUUUGAGGAUGCCUUGAAGGAAUCGACGGUUUUGUUUUUUGUGCUUGCCACGAAGCCCAGAAACAAUCAACUUGAUCUCGACGGCAGAGUUACAGAAAAUGUCGCCUCACGCUUUGUUGAUCAAUGUUGCAAGAGGCGGAAUUGUCGAUGA